GGUGAGGACGAGGAUGGCCAUAGUGCAAGUGCUGGUGUGGUUCUUUAUUUACAUCGACAUCUUCAUGCUCUUCACCUUCUUCAGUGUAUGAGCCAUGGAUCAGAACAGCAGCAGUGGGAACCUGAUUAUAAUUGAUAGCGACCCCAGCGUGUUGAGGGUGAGGACGGCCAUAGUGCAAGUGCUGGUGUGGUUCUUUGUUUACAUCGACAUCUUCAUGCUCUUCACCUUCUUCAGUAAGCAGGCUUUCCGGGGCACCGCACGCUACAUCCUGUUUGCUCACACCCUGCUGGUGGACUCUGUACUCCUGCUGCUCACAGACCUGGUGGUGCUGUUCGGCUACUUCAAUGUGCGCAUACCUGUCAGUUACUGCAUCGUGCUCUGCGUUCUCAUGGGAAUCGGCGUUAAAAACACGCCCUACACCAUCACCGCUAUGUGCCUGGAGCGCUACGUGGCCAUCUGCAUGCCGCUUAGACACGCCAGCAUUUCCACCACCGGCAGGACCAUGGCUGCCAUCGCUAUUAUCUGGGCAUUCAGCUCCGUCAGACUCAUCAUGGAUCUCAUUAUCUUCACUGUCUUGGCCCCACCUGGGUACUUUGCCAUGCCCACUUCAUGCUAUUAUCAAGUCAUGCUGGUGACUGAGUGGCACAACCUCAUGUAUGUCAUAUUUAAUCAGAUGGACUUUGUUAUUAUUAUGGUGAUCAUACUGUUCUGCUACACCAAGAUCAUGCUGGCAGCUCAGGCUGCCUCUGGAGAGAAUAAGCAGUCUGUGUCAAAGGGGCGACGCACACUCCUGCUCCACGGCCUGCAGCUCAUUCUGUGCAUGGCCGACCUGUGGACCCCCUAUAUACUGGCUGCUGUUCAGAAGCAAAGUCCACACUUGUACCUGCCCAUCCGAUUCUUCAAUUUUGUUGCUUUUACCAUUAUCUCAAGGGCCCUGAGUCCCCUUAUCUAUGGCCUGAGGGAUAAAAAGUUUUGCCUUGCCCUAAAAUAUUACAUGAGCUGCAAGGUCUAGCAUGCGUCUGCAGAAAGCUAGCAGCUUAGGAUGAAUGGGAAACAGAGAAAGCCACAGGAAGAAACUCGUCUGUGUGCAUUGGUAUCCAAAAAAAGAAGGAUUAAACAACAACUGGAAAAUUUGAUAGGUUUGCAGGUUUUAAUGAAGAGGUGAAAUAAAUAAAAUGUUUCCUAUGUUGCAGUGUGUUAUAGCCUUUGCAUCUUUUAUUUGCUAUCAUUUGAUAUUGUAGAAAUUUCAUCUGAACGAAAAUUAGGCAGGAUACAAUUACUAACUACUAACUAUUGUUUUUCAAUGCCAAAGAGCAGACGUUUGAAGGAUAUUCAGCGCACAAGGUGCGAUGUAGUGGCCCAAGCUUCAUAUCAAGUGAUCUCAAUACAUUAAAAUAAAAACAAUCACACAUUUCUGAGAAAGAGGCAUAAUGUUGUAUAUAUAAACACAUAUUACUUAACAUUUUUCUAUUUUGAAUUUUAAAAAAAAUAUUUUACUCUAGCCAUGUCAGGAAUUACAGCUAUCACUGGCCCAAACCCAAUAAAAUGGCAUUGACCAAGUUCAUUUUGUGUAGGGCACUUACUAUUACCCAUAAGAAAUUGCUUUUUAGACAAUCAGUUGACAGCACUAGACUGUAGGAAAUAGUGCCAUCUGCUGACAAUAGCAAGGGGAAAUGGUUCGAUUCGCUCCAGUAUUGAGAUAUAAGCAUGUGUCUUUGCAAAUAUACGUCAUUCUGACAACACAUGCGUAAGCUGAGUAUUUUAAUAUAAUCACAUGAAGAAAUUGCCUGAAUUUGAAUAUCCUGUAUAUUUUUUUGUUUUGUGUGUAACACUUCACCCAAUUAAAUUAUGAAUUUAUCCCAAAAUGAAGUACUUUUUGAUAAUGACAAAUAAUUUCAGUGUACUUCUAGAGUGCACACAGUGAUAUUGUGACAAUGCAUGUAUGCAGUGGCAACAGAUUUGAC